CAAUGUCCGUGUAAUCUAUCUCAUCACACUCUUGGUGACGGUCGGAUGUCUGAUAUAAGAAACCCGGACACACUCAGGCUAACCAGUCAGGCUGCUGCCGACAUGCGAUUCUCCAUGCCCAGUGCACCUGAGGCACGUCGUGGUUCAAAACGCGCUUAUCAAACCGCCAAGGUGUCGCAGCAUCCGCGACCGGCCAAUCACCACCCACGACCCUUAAACGUCACAUUGCGGGCUCGAAACCGAUUUGCUGCUUUUUGGAAUUGAGCGUUGUCUUUUGCGUGAGGCGGAAAAGAGGCUCAGUUUCAUGCGCGGCCCUCUACCGCUCCUCCACGAUGCUGAUUUGCCGCUCAGGCACCGCCCCUCGGAUUCCCAUGCAUCCCGUCGCCGGUUGGAGAACGCUCCCCUGCCAUUGUGACGUUGGACAUGUCCUGGAUUGAUCCACUAUGGCGAAUGCUGGGGUGCCAUGGCUUUCCAGUAUAGAUCUGGUCUUGGGUCGCGUGCUUGGUUUGGUUCUUCUUUUCCUCCUUCACUCUUCUUGGUUGUUCAUGCUUUGAUCGCCUUGAACCACCUUUUUCUCCUUGGGUUUCGUUCUUUUUGUUCUCUUUUCUUCCUCCGUUGAGCGGAUUGAUUGAUUGUUCGGGUUUUCAUUCUAUCUAGUCCUGGAGACUUUUCUGUUCGCUCUGGGUGCUUUUAAUUGUCGUGGAAUGAGCAUUCUUUCGGUCCUUUCAACCUAGACAUUGAGUUAAUAACUACCUACCCCUCUCAUCAUACAAGAUGGGGAUCCAGCGUCGCUUUCGGCCAGCGCCGAUCAGGGUCAUCAGGAAGAGACAGGAGCCUGCUGCCACUGAAGAAGGAGGGGAGCCAGAUUCCCCUGAGUCGCCAGAUUCUCCCGGCAUGUCCAGCGCAUCUUCCGUCGAUUCCAGUGACAGCGAAGAAGAAGGAGAGGAAGAGAAGGAAGAGGAAGCUCCAUCGCCUACCGCCACCGAAGCCGUAGCUGCACCGGCUGUAUCUGAGUCUGGUGCUCCUGCUGCAAUCAGCUCGAGCGCCCCAGUGGCAUCGAUAGCCCCCGUGCCCCAGGAAAGCGCCUCUCAACCUCCCCCACCGGCAUCGAGCAGUUCAGCGGCCCCGGCAGCCAGUUCAGCAGCUCCAGCAGCUCCGCCAGCCAGUUCACAGCCUCCUCCACCGAUGCCGAGUUCCUCUGUUACUUCGUCCACAAGUUCACAGCCUGCCCCGGCAGCAUCGAGUGCUUACUCGUCCGAUAUUGUAUCGACUAUGGUUACUUCAUUCCGCGCUUUCCCAUCAGCUCAGCCAAAUCAAGCAGGUACAGAUCUAGGACAACCAAUUGAUGCAGAUGAAGGGGAGCCGCCUGACUCGCCUGACUCGCCAGACUCGCCAGCGAGCAGUGUCGGGUCCAGUCCACCGUCUAGCCCAACAGCUUCGGAAUCACCUUCAGCGAGUCAGAGUGGAGCAAGUGGUGAACUCACAUCUUCUGUGGGAAGUUCUACAACCGCACCUGAAGCUACAGGAAUGCCAUCUGGAGCAGCACCCGCGUCCUCAUCGCAAGCCGGUCAAACAGCCAUGAGUACCAACCUCGGCCCAUCCCCCUCCAGCACUGUCAACCCGCAACCCGACACAGCGGGACCCGGCAGCGGCAUCAGCGAAGGCCAAACCCAAAAAGUCGACCAAAAAUCCAACCAAAUGAGCAAAGGUGCAGAAGCAACCCUCAUCACCCUCUCGGUCCUAGGCUUCGUCGUCGCCCUCGCAGCAGCAGUCUUCUUCUUCCUCCGCCGCCGCCGCCGCCGAACAGAAGCAGCCCACCGCCACGCCUCCGACGCCUUCAACCCGGACAACACCGGCUCGCUCCACACCCCCUCCAACACGCACACCUCCACCUCCCCCCCAGCCGCCGCCUACGCCCCGCCCACCCAACACAUGACGCAGUCGUCCACAAACACCACGUCCCUCUUCGGCGCCGCCCACUACGUCCGCCCGGACACCGUCUCGACUUCCGACGCCCACUCCCGCAUCGCGAAACCCCAGCCCACGCCCAACCCCUUUGCCGACCCCGGCCGCAACAAAGCGUUUGAUCAGAUCCGCGGUCGCCCUCGUAGCACUACCCUCACGGAUCGCGGGAGCUGGGUCGAUAAUCCGUUUAAAGACCCCUUGAGCGAUCGGUUCGAUCCGUUUGGCGAGUUGCAUGAGAAGGCUAGGGCGGAGAGGGUUCGGUAUCGUGAGGAACUUGAGCGCGAGAAAGCCAGUGGCGGUGGUGGCGUAUGAAGUGAUUCCCAUUGAUUCCAAUCCAGUUCGUUGGUGGGUAGAUUGGGAAAAUCGGGGAUUCGGGGACUGUAGUUUAAGACGGAUUCGAUGACGAUUCCGUGUUUUUUGCUAUUUUGUUCGUUGCUUUGUU